AUGGCGACCAAGCAACCCAACAUCCUCUAUAUUAUGGCCGACCAAAUGGCCGCGCCACUCCUGUCCAUCCACGACUCUAACUCGCGCAUCAAAACCCCCAACCUGGAUCGAUUGGCAAAGGAAGGUGUCACCUUUGACAAUGCCUAUUGUAACUCUCCUCUUUGCGCGCCCUCUCGCUUUGUCAUGGUGACUGGCCAACUUCCUUCUAAAAUUGGUGCAUACGACAAUGCUGCUGAUUUGCCUGCUGAUGUUCCCACAUAUGCACACUAUCUCCGUCGGGAGGGUUAUCAUACUGCUCUAGCCGGGAAGAUGCACUUUUGUGGUCCGGACCAAUUGCAUGGAUAUGAGCAGCGGUUGACGAGUGAUAUCUAUCCUGGUGAUUAUGGCUGGUCUGUCAACUGGGAUGAGCCGGAUGUGCGCCCAGAUUACUAUCACAACAUGUCUUCAGUCCUAGACGCCGGCCCAGUUGUUCGCACAAAUCAGCUCGACUAUGACGAGGAGGUGAUCUACAAAUCGACCCAGUAUUUGUACGACCAUGUUCGACACCGCGGCGAUCAGCCUUUCUGCCUGACUGUCUCCAUGACCCACCCCCACGACCCGUAUGCCAUGACCAGGGAAUUCUGGGAUUUGUACGAGGAUGUCGAUAUCCCUCUACCCAAAACAGCCGCUAUUCCACAUGAUCAGCAGGAUCCCCAUUCACAGCGUGUCCUGAAAUGCAUCGAUCUCUGGGGUAAAGAAAUUCCCGAAGAGCGCAUCAAGGCCGCUCGUCGCGCAUACUACGGAGCAUGCACUUAUGUCGAUACCAACAUUGGCAAACUUUUGAAGGCGCUCGACAAUUGCGGUUUGACAGAAGACACCAUCAUUGUUUUCACCGGAGAUCACGGCGACAUGCUGGGUGAACGCGGCUUGUGGUACAAGAUGACCUGGUUCGAGAACUCGGCGCGCGUUCCGUUUAUUGUUCACGCUCCUAAUCGAUUUGCUCCUAAGCGAGUCAAGGAGAAUGUGUCGACCAUGGAUAUCCUUCCCACAUUUGUCGGCUUGGUCGGCGCUCAGUUAGAACCCAGCCUGCCGAUGGAUGGCGUAUCGCUGCUUCCAUAUCUUACUGGAGGCGAUGGGCUCAAAACCGAUACUGUUUUUGGCGAAUACAUGGCCGAGGGAUCGCAAACCCCUGUGAUUAUGAUACGCCGCGGAAAGUGGAAGUUUAUCUAUUCAUUGAUCGAUCCGCCUAUGCUGUUUGAUCUCGAAGCCGAUCCACUCGAGAAAACCAAUUUGGUCGCAGGUGUCCCGAUUCCCGCACCAAAGAUCAAAGAGACAGCCAUCAAAGGCGCAACAGGGCUACCCACUCCCCCCAACGGCGAAGCACCGGAUGCCGUCACUUUUGUCAGCACCGAGAAAUCAUUUUUUCCCAAGAUCCCAGCUCAAGUGGUCCCGACACCUCCACGAACACCCAGUCCCGCCUUGCCUCUUGCCCUCCCCGAGCAAGAUGAUCCAGCAGCUGUCUUUGAGCAUUUCCUCGAAGAAGUCCAUUCUCGCUGGAACCUGCAUGCCAUUCACGAAGAUGUGGUCCGUUCCCAGCGGCGUCGCCGCCUAGUUUACUCUGCAUUGAUCAAAGGUGUCCCUACUGUCUGGGACUACGAGCCUCGCGUCGACCCCAGCACUCAGUACGUGCGAAACCAGAGCAAAGGCAACCUCGACAAUGUCGAAUACCUCUCUCGCUGGCCACGGGUUCCGACCGCGCCGACCACGACCAGAUUCUAA